AUGCCAAUUUCAGUUAAAGAAUAAGAGAAAAAAUAAUAAGAGAAAAAAGAAUAAUAGUAGGAAGUAGCAGUAAGUAUUUGUGCCUAAUUGUAGCCUGUUAAUCCUUCAAAAGAUAAUGAAGACAUAAAACCUCGCAAAGAAUAACAAGUCUUAUCUUCUUUAUUAAGGUAUUGUAAAUCUCGUCCUGACCCUGAACUAGUUUGGGAGCCUCAUCAAAAUAAAUAAUUGAUGAGCGAAUUCUAAGAGUUAAUAGAAAAUCGUUUUAAAGAGGUUAAGAGAAGUUCAAGCAUUUAUAAAUACAAUGCUAAAAUAGGAUUUUAGGCCUUUAUAUAUCUCUUAAAUAUUCUUGAACUUAUCUUUACAUUAAGUUAUGGUUCAUAUAAUGAAAUCACUAAUGAUAAUACAUACUAUGAGACAUGUUAUAAUUUAUCAAUAAUUUUAUGUGUUUUACUUCACAGUGGAACCUGGAUGUACACUUAUAAAUUUAGGGAAGUUGUUAGAGAAAGUUUUUUUGUUUAAAUUGCUUAUUAUAUAUUCUACUUGAUUAUGGGAGUAUUGAGUUAUUUUAAACUAGCUCCAUUUAUUUAUUAUAUGAAUAGAGAUUAAUCUAUUAGAUAAUUCUCAUUUAGUGAAAUUAAUAAAUAUUUGUAGUUAAGUGGGGAGGAUAAAUUUAGAAAUCCAUGUAGACUUUUUAAAGAAAGAACUAAACCUGUUAAUAUCUUUAGGGAUUUAAUAUUUCAUAGAGUAGCUCUUGUUUCCAUGAUUAUUACAAUGACAAUUUAAACAAUUCCUUAACUUUUUAUAUAAGGCUUUUAUAACACUUAAAAAGAAUCAUGGGAUGGAUUUAAUGUGUUUAGUUAUUUAUUUUUAAUGAGUAAUUUAAUCUAUUAUUUAUUGGAAUUAUAAUUUAUUGUAUUCACUACAACUUAUAGAUAAAUGUAAACAGAAUUGCAAUUUAAACUGUAGAAAAUUUUAUUAUAUUCAAUUUAAGAAACAAAACAAUUAUUUAAAUCUGAUUUAAAUUAUAUGGGAUUUGUCAAAUCAUUUUAUUUUCAUAUUGAUCCUAGUGCAUUUAGUCCUUAUUAAAAGAAAAGAUGUAUGAUUUAAAUUUUAUAUUUCUUGAUGAAAUAGAAGAAAGUGAAGAAUAUUGAAUUUCAUUAUAUUGAUUUAUAUCAUGAAGUAACAUUAUAAUAUUUAGCUAAUUGUUUUUAAUUGAUUAAAGUAGAAUCAAUCAAUCUUUUAUAUUCUAAUGAUAAUAACUUAGCAUAAAUAAAUCGUAUUUUCCGGGGUAUAAACAAUUUGAAAAUUGAAAAAUAAACUUCUUCAAAUCUUAAUACUAAAUGGGAAGCUGACAAUAUUGAUCUGAAUGCAUCAGAUGAAAAAAUAAAUGAGAUCUAAUUUAUUGAAAAUCCUAAAAUAAAUACUGGAUGGUAAGCAGUACAAAAGAAUUAAUUUAUUAAAGAUGAUUACAUUUAACUUUCUGCAGAGUAUUAAGCACUGAUUCCAAACGAUCUAAGAAGAUCAUUAAACGUCAAUAGAGGAAUUAGUGGUCUGAUUGUUAAUUAAUUAUCAAGAAUUGAGGAUAAUUAACAAAAUUUAUUAGUAUAAAUAGAAACAAAUGAAUAAAUAAUUAUUGAUGCAAAAAAUUAAAUUGACAGUAUAACGAAAAGAGAUCUAUAUGCAUAAUCAGUUGGAAAUAUUUAAUUUUUGUUAAAAUUGUACGAUUAUUAUGAAGUUUGGAGCAAAUUGAAUUAAUAUUAAGCAACUAUUCAAACUUUUUGGUCGGUGCUGAAUGGGUCCUUAUAAAUUGUUUCUUUAAUUUAUUUGAAUAAUGAACCUAAUAUGUUUAUAUCUGCAUUAAUAGCCUUAACUGCAAUCAAUCCAAUAUUAUAGAUGUUAUCAUUUGCAGUAUUUUAAUAGCGUGUUUUUAAAAAUUUUUCACCUUUAAGAUAACUGUCUUAUAUUCUUUUAUUUGCAAUAUUUAACUUUUUAAAGAUUUGGGAUAUCGUUAUGAUUUGUUUAUUUUUAGCAGUAAAGAGAUUCUCUGAAGAUGUAAAGAGAAACUUUAGUGGUUAAGGAUACUUAAAGUUCAAGAGUUAUGCCUCAAAAUUUUCAGGUAGUAUAGCUACUUCAGUAUUUUAGAAUGAAACAGUUUAAACUGAUCCUAAUGAUAUUAAAUAAAUAUAAAAUUAGCCAUUUUAUGAGGCUGUAAUGUGGAGAACAAAUGUUGAAGAAGCUUUGAAUAAAAUUCCUUAGUUCUUUGUAUAUAUUUUAUCUUUAGCAUCUACUCAAUUAGAUGGUAUUUGGGUAUUUUCUUUUGGUCAACAAAUAAAAGAAGGUAUAUUUGCAGUAAAAGAUUUAUUAGAAGUUGUUAUUAAAGACUAUUUUAUUCCAGCUUUAAUUUUAAGUACAGUUUCAGUGGAUUAAUUUUUUUAAUCUAUGUUGUAUUUGAGCUCAAUAUCAAAUUAAAUACUAUUGGAAUAUCCUAAAUCUUUUUAAAUUGUGUCAAAAGUAAAAUAACAAUACUUAAAAGAAAAAUUUACUUUUAAAAUUAAUGUGAAAACUUUAAAUUUUACUAAUUAUGGAGAUUUAAAAAAAUAGAAGUUAUUAGCAUAAUUUAGGUAUGUUCUAGCUUCAAUAAAUACUAUUUUAGAAAUUGAUUAAGCAUAAAGAUUGUUUUGUAUGGGAGCUGAACUAAAUGAUUUAAUAAGAUGUUUAAAAGAGAGUCCAUUGUAUUAAAUAAAGUUGAAUUAUUAUUUGGAUGAAGUAAAACCUGAACAUAUUCCUUACAUUAAUGCAUUUAUUAAAAAUUGUCCAAAAAAUUUACAAUUCUUAUAAAUCCAAGUAGAAUCUAGUAAUGUUCAAUAAAUGGAAGUCUAUGUAGAAAGAAAUAAUAUUCUAACAGCCUUUUCUUAUUCAUAUUUUUAAAUUAUACAAUAAUACAAAGAUAAAUCUGUAGUAGUUUAAUAAUAAACCUUGAUAAUAGAUGAAAAAUUUUUAAAGUUAGAUAGGUACAAUUUUGAGUAGUUUUAUUUUGAAGUUUCUGGUAAUCUUAAUUUAAGAAAUUGUCAUAAACUCUUUGAAAAUUUCGAUAAAUUGUAAGUUUUCAAGGUAUCUAUUUUCAAUAAUGCAGAAAUUCAGACUUUUGAAUUUUCUUAGAAUUUAAGAAGUAGAGCAUUGAAUAUUCUGGAUAUUACUUGUGAAAAUAUUAUAUUAAGCUUUAAGCAAUAUCCUUUUAAUAAUUUAACGUAAUUUAAGAUGAUUUUGAAAAGGUGUGAAUUUAACAAAGAGGAACUUAAAAGGAUAUUAUAAGGUUUAAAUAACAAAACAGAAGUUGUUUAUAUAGAUAUGUCAUAAUGUUUGUAGCGCUUUACAGUAACUGAAUAGAAAGACUUAGUAAGAGGAUUAGAAAUUAAGAAGAUUGAUGCUUUCAUAAAAAUUUGA